AUGCCUGUUUGUGAUAAUAAACUGCAUAGUAAUUCAGAGAAAGAAAAUGCUCCGAUGAAAGAUAAUGUCAACGUUGGUGCAAGUGAGAGUGUUAACGCCCCCGGGGAUGCAAAAGAAAAGAAGGCUGCCAUGAAGGAAGAAGAGGCCCCCGAGCCUAGCUUUGUGAAAUUGACCCGAAGACGAAAUAGCACCGCAAAGGCGAUCAUUCCAACAUCGGCAUCUCACUCUGGCCGUGUCCGUGGAUAUGAUCCUUUCGAUCAAACCGGUGUCAGGGCGAAGCAUACCACUCUAAUGAACUUUGUGAAAGCAAACCCUGCCUAUCCAAGACGUCCAAAAAACUCUUCGAUCGAGUGGUAUUACAUUCUCCGGACACCGAAGAAAUGGCUAGCUGAUACGCACAUGAAAGUUUAUAUUAACGUACUCAGGCUGCGAUUAUCCAAGCAUCUGGAGUGGUUUGUAUCCAACCGGAUUUGCUUCCUCAACUCCAUGUUUGCUACGGUUUGGAGGCGUGACUACAAUAACUUCAAAAACUCUGAGCCGAAUGAAGAUGGUUCUGGCAAACUUCUACCACCUGGAGCGUAUUCGUACUACACUGGCAAAUUACCUAUCUACUGCCAUACUAAAAAGACGUGGGCCUAUGAAGUCGACCAUUUGUACUCAAUGUUGCACAUCAGGGGGGACCAUUGGGUAGCUAUCUGGGUUUCAUUUGUGGCGAGGCAUAUCACGAUAUGGGAUAGUCAUGCUGGAACCAAACAUGCAUCUGACACCCAAAUUGACAAAGCUGUGGAGCCUCUCGUUGUUAUGAUACCCUACCUUCUUCAGACCUGUGUACCUGAUGAAGACAAGUGGAGAUUCCCCUACACGCCGUUCACCCAUUCGCGAGUACCAGGUAUGGAGAUACCUCAAAACAUUCAUAGUGGUGAUUGCGGAGUGUACUGCCUGAAGUACAUCGAGUGUCAUGCUUUGGAUUUGCCAUUUCCUCCGCAACUUUAUGAUAAAAAUAUUCGACAAAUCAGGGAGAAAAUGGCUGCAGAGAUCUUUGACGAAAUAGGUGUUAGGGGCCAUGAUAAGCUAGAUGCAACUGGGCUGGAUAUCUAUGAUAGGAAAGCUUAG